AUGGCUGUUGACUGCACGCCGACAAUAUCAUUUUCGGGUGAGUCACGUUCAUCGAGCUCGUUUCUGCACGAGAGACCUCUUUCGUCUGCCAAAGGCCGAGCCGAUGGACGGCAUGUUAGACACCAGGCUGAACUUAUGGGCAUCACUCCUGGUACCUCUUUGCUUGCCCAGCAGACUGGACAUUCCAGGUGGAUCUCUGAGGAUGACGGAGAAGAGGGAUUGGAUGAGGAGGUGGAGGUAGAAGUGGAGGUGGAAGAAAUGAUUGAGGAAGUGCCAACUGAGCAGAUCGAUGCUAGUCCUCCAGAGUUCCAGCGCGAGCCAUUCAUAGUGAGACGUCGGGCAGAGAUUGCUCUACGUGAUCUGGCCUGCAAGGCCAUUUGUCGCAUCAAGAAAGGCCUCAGAAAACCUGGGGCACAAAUCGAUGGCAAACCUUUCAUCCCGCAGGACUGGGAUCAAGUUUUCAAGCCACACCUGGGCUCCUACAUCCGCUUCCUUCUUUCAAGGCCAGAUCAGUUUCGAGUGCUUCAAGGAAGUGGUCCGGGAAGAUACGCUGUGGAGGAUGUUACCGGAAGCAAGACUGUUGUCGCUCCAUCGCCGGAAGAGCUGGCGAGCAAGGGCGGUAAAGGUGGUUUCAAGGGGAAGGACAAGGGCAAAUCUUUGGAUCCUGCCAGAGGUGGAAAAGGUGCUUACAAGGGCAAGGCCAAAACAAAAACUGCCGAUCUUGGGAAAAGCCGCAAAGGAUGGCUAGAAAGCAACGCAAAAGCCCCGCUGCCUGUCAAAGCAGCUUCCAAGAAUGGCCCUGCGCCAAAAGCCACACCCAAGGCCCCUGCGGGCGGCAAAGGCCAGGACCCAAUCGCACACGCCAACAGCAGCUCUGGUGGCAAAGGGAAAUCCGGAGGCAGGCUUGGUGGAAAGUUCAGCCUGAAAGGAGGUUUGGCGCCGGUUGAAGAUGCUGGAGAGGAUGCGUUACCUGAAGAGGAGGAAGUCAUCGUGCCAAAGAAGCGUGGCUUUCUAAUUUCGUCGCUGCUCAGCACCAAGAGGCGUUUCGCAACAGACUUGGACGAUGUGGAGCAGUCGUGA